AGGAAGGAAUGCAACACGUGUUGAGAGUGACUGGAGGUCAGGUAUUGUGCACUUGGAGCAUGCAAUCAGUUUCUCUUCAUGGGACGGUCGGGAAAGCGGGAUAUCAGGUGGAGAGCUUGAGGGCACUCAUACGUCACCUGUCAGCGCACCUUGUGACGGCGCGCCUGUCAGUUACUACUAAUUGGAUUAUUUUGAUCUUGAACUUUCAGCCUGCGGGUUGCUCCACUCCACCUCCUCUCCCCUGUGUCCCCCUCACCUCCCUCCCCCCACCCAGAAGUUAUGUCAAGGCCUCUCGCUCAGCUCUUACCCCCGGAUCUCCCUGCGGGGGCCACCAGCCCGCAGUUUGGGACCAGCAGCCCAGCUGGAAGUGGGCCCCAAGGUGGACACCUGACCUCCAUGACCAACCUGAAGUCCCUGCUCCAGCUGCCAAUCAAGGCCGACCAGAGAGCCACCAAGGACUGCUGCGAGAUGAAAGACAAAGACAAGCCCCUGGACUCUGGUGAAGACUCACUGGGUGUGAACGGCGGAGGGCCCGGCGGGGUGGGAGGUGGCCCGGGCUCUGGCCCUCUGCGGCCCAACUCCCAGUCAGCCUUCUUGGGCCCUCUGCUGUGGGAGAGGACCCUGCCCUGUGAUGGAGGCCUGUUCCAGCUGCAGUACAUGGACCUGGAGGAGUUUCUGACCGAGAAUGGGAUGGGGAUGCACAGCAACGGGCCCAGCUCCACCAGCGCCCAGAUCCCCUCCCAGAGCUCCCAGUCUGCAGUGCCCAACCAGAGCUCCCAGUGCCCUCCCACCUCUCCUCCACCUUGCUCCUCCUCUUCCUCAUCCAUGUCCUCUUCAUCUCCCUCUUCCUCGCUGCUGGGGCUAGAGACCGUGCAGCCACAGCCGACCCCACCUCAGCAGCAGCAGCAGCAGCAAGGCAUGAUGGGAGGACCUGAGUGUCUACAUGGUGGUCAGGCGGUGCCUCAGGACCCGUCACCCUCCUCUACCUGUCCUCCGGGACCCCCGGGACCACCGGCUGUGGCCAACACCAGCAGCGACAUCCUGGUGAACUUUGACCCUGACCCUGCAGACCUGGCGCUGUCCAGCGUGCCGGGCCAGGAGGCCUUUGACCCGAGGCGGCACCGCUUCUCCGAGGAGGAGCUGAAACCCCAGCCUAUGAUCAAGAAGGCCCGCAAGAUGCUGGUCCCCAACGAGCAGAAGGAUGAGAAGUACUGGAGCCGGCGCAUCAAGAACAAUGAGGCAGCAAAACGCUCGCGGGACGCCCGACGGCUGAAGGAGAACCAGAUCUCUGUGCGUGCUGCCUUCCUGGAGCGGGAGAAUGCUGCACUUCGCCAGGAGGUGGCCGACAUGAGGAAAGAGCUGGGCCGCUGCAGGAACAUCAUCAACAAGUACGAGAGCCGGCACGGAGACUUGUGAGGCGGAGGAUAAAAAAGAUGGAGGAGGAAGGGGUGGGAAGGGAAGAGGAGAUGAGGAAAGGGUACAAGGAAACCCAACAACAGCAGCACUUUAAUUGAGGUGGUGAGGGGGAAGUCCGGCGUAGAUCUGCAGUAAGCACCGUGCCACACCGGGCGCAAGCACAAAAGUGUUUUUGAGUGUGUGCGCUGUGCUUCAGGAUGUUACGACAGGAAGAUGCAGCCAUGGUAUUUUUUUUCCCAGUCUGACUCUUUGUAGAUGCUGCUUCGCUGAAUCUACACAACGUAGUGUAUCACCACCUUGUGUCACCACGGCAGCUUCCGUCUCCCUCGGUGCUGUGUUUACGCCCGGUGUUGCACGGCGUUUUUGCAGGUAGUGCGUCCCGGCCGCUGGUCUGGCCAGUCCAAACAGGGUGCUGAAUUCACAUUAUGCCAGUGAAAUCUCACUUUUUAAGCUCAAGGCACGGACACAAGCCAGGAGAGGUCAGUCGUGUAAUUUCUUUUUUCUAUAAAUAGGACAAAAGACGUGUAUAUUUUUGAACUGUGCAGGAAGGCAAGACUAGUCCAGCAAAGAAGGGGAGGAGGAGCGAGAGGUGCAGGGUUUUCAUCCAUAACGCAAAGAGAUUUUGACAUAGGAUUAUUGUAUAUUUUUCUAUUAGUAGAGAUAUUUGGGAGGAGGAUUUUGUAUAUUUUAUAUAUGGGGUGGGGAGGGGCUGUUAGCUGGACAGUCACCAAGGGGCCAUAUGAAGCGGUUUCCUCACACCUGUUUAUUGCAAAACAACGCAAACUAUUUUCAGUUUUGGGAGUCGUUAGUUGGAGGCGUAACAGAGAAUGUAACACUGAAUCAGGUAUUUCACAAGGGGGAGAUGAGGGGACGUUAGUUGUUUCUGGUGUAAAGGAGAAAGACAGUGAAAGAAAAACUGUAUAGUCUUUAAGAAACGUUUGUGUUUGUUCCUUUUCUUUGUGGGCUCAUUUGAGCACCUGAUUUGUUAUCUUCUCUUUGAUUCCGUGUCUGAUUUUUAAAUAAUUGCAGGGCUUUUAUUUUCAGAGGAGAUGGUGAAGGAGAAAAAGACAGAGGAAAACAGGAAGUAAUUAAGUGUCAGAACAGCUGGAUGUGAGCAGGUGUUUGAGAAUAAAUGAAACGGGGGGUUGGCUGUCAGGUUUGCAUUUAGUUUGCUCACACAUACACACUCGGACACAACGUGGUUACAGUCUAUCCCUCUCUCGGUUUACCCUUCAGUUUGACUGGGAAGUGCAAAAAUGAAAUGCUAACUGGUUUAGGGUUGGUUUGACCAGAAUGAACGGCGACUGAAACCUUCAGCAUGCGGACAUGCACAGUCCUCACCCAGGUUUUAUGGAGUAUUAUAUUAUUCAAAAAGGUGUGCUUGGAAACACAGGUUUGUAUCUGUACACUCAUUUUGUAUGCUUGUAUAUUUGGGUUUGUACCUGUAAAUAUUUUCGGGCGGGGUGGGGGGGGGCUGGGGCUCGUGUGGGCAUAUAUGAACAACCCUAAAACUACAAGCUUACAACCCAAAUGUACAAGUUUACAGGUGUUUCCCAGCACACCUUUUUGAAUAAUAUAAUAUUCCACAGCGUUUUAACUGUUGUUGUUGUUAUGGACUUCUAUGGUGCUGAUCUGACCUGACACACACACACACACACACACACACACACUUUGACAGAAAUCAUGCUGACACACAUGCACACACCAUGUCAAACACAGUACUGAACUGCCUAUAAUUUUUUAUUCCUUCUUUUUAGUUUUUUCUUUCCUUUAUUGCGUAUCGUAUCGAUAAAUCGUAUAUGGAUUUACACACAAACACUUGUCUAUACCUCUCCUCCAAACGCUACCCGAUAAGAAGCGAGAAAUG